UGUGUGUGUGUGUGUGUGUGUGUGUGUGUGUGUGUGUGUGUGUGUACGUGAGAGAGUGCGGUUGAAAGAGGAGGUGUGUUUAUGGGAAAUAGAGAUCGUGUGUGUGUGUGUGAGUCUGUGUGUGUGUGCGCGCGCGCGUGUGUGUGUUUACACAGACGGGAAUACUGCGCCAGAGGAAGUGCGCCCGUUCUCCGUCUGCGCGUCCCGACUUCCUGCUCUGAGGCAGGAGAGAGAAAAGCUGCGGAUCCGCUUUCAGACAGCGGGGCAGCAGCAGCAGCAGCAUGGAGCCCCAACACAGCGCACACACACCGCUGUAAAGCCCCAAACGCACACAUCACGCACCGGCAAGACGACAGAGGAGCAGCCGCCGUCCACAGCUGGUUUCAGCACUUUUUCCACCAGAGGAGUAGUGACGUCUUCCUGAUUUAUGCCAUGAAGUAAACCUGAAGUGUCCCCUGCAGAAGAAUACAAGCCAUUAUAGAUCUCCGGUGUCUCUUUGGUGUCGCCCUGUCAUGGAGAGCUCCAUCACUCUCUGGCAGUUCCUGCUGCAGCUGCUGCUCGAUCAAAGCCACAAACAUCUCAUCUGCUGGACGUCUAAUGACGGCGAGUUCAAACUGCUCAAGUCAGAGGAAGUGGCCAAGCUGUGGGGGCUGCGCAAGAAUAAGACCAACAUGAACUAUGACAAGCUGAGCAGGGCGCUGCGAUACUACUACGACAAAAACAUCAUCAAGAAGGUGAUCGGCCAAAAGUUUGUCUACAAGUUUGUGUCGUUCCCUGACAUCCUGAAGAUGGACCCGGCCGUGGUGGAGUCGGGUCGCAGCAGUGAGGAGAGUGUCGGGGCCACAUCAGAGCCUGAGGCCGAGGACGAGGACGGAGCUGACAGGAACCAGUACCUCCACUCUGGCCUGUACUCCUCCUUCAGCAUCAGCUCCCUGCAGCGCUCCUUAGAGCGACACCGGCCCGUCAAGACUGAGCCCAGGUCCGAUCGCCAUGACGACAGCUCCUCCGUCAUCCGGUUCAUCACCAACCGUGGCCACUCCUCCCUCCCCUCCACCCCGCCUCCAUCCUCCACCGAGAACUCCCACCUCUCCAGGCUGUCCCCUCGGCUGGCCGGCUCUUCCUCCUGCUCCUCCUCCCCUCCACAAAGCCCCGCCCACACACUGGGGAGGGGGCGGGGCCAGAUCGCAGAGACUGAUGAGUCGGAGUCGAACGCUCAGCCUCUGAACCUGUCGUCUGGUCAGAGGGAGAGGGAGAGGUCACAGAGCACAACCACACCAGAGAGGAGGGGACUGGCCAGCAGUACGCCAACCAAGGGCAGGAAACCAAAAAGUCUGGAAAUCUCCUCCUCCUCCCUCCUCCUAACAGGCAGCGACCUCGUCUCCAUCGCCCUCAACAGCCCGGCGCUGCCUUCAGGGUCCCUGACACCCACCUUCCUCACCGCACAGACUCCGUCUGGUCUGCUGCUCACUCCCAGUCCUCUGCUCUCCAAUAUCCGUUUCUGGUCCAGCCUGAGUCCAGUGGGACCCCUGAGUCCCGCCCAGCUCCAGAGCCAUGCACCCUUCUUCCAGUUCCCCACUCUGCUGAACGGACCCCUUCCUGUGCCUUUACCCAGCGUGGACGCUGCCUCUCCUCUGCUGCUCUCCUCCACGUCCCACAAGUCCUGAUGCCAGACCGAGCUCCAGGAGCGAACUGGGCCAAAGCAGCCAGAGCUGGGCACAAAUCAGAACCAAACCAAUAAUCAUUAAACUGUCAUGAUGAACCACACAGGAUCUGGACUCCAUCUGAGUCCAGCCACCAUUUGGUUUUUAGACCUGUUCCUUUGCAUUUGUUACAGAAGAAACAGGAGCGUAACUCUGAAGCUGUGCUCUCUGAGAAGAGUAUUUGCGUUAGACAUUUCAUUGUACGUUUGUUUACUGCACUCAACAUCUGUGUUUGGUCUUUUGCUCUUGUUUUCAGCACAUAAACCCCUAAACUUCUUUUCAUACAAAGAAAUGAGUGGAGGUUAGACUUCAAACAUGCAUCUCGUCUCAUUUUAGAAGCCAUCUCCUUGCACUCUGUCUUGAAGAUCCGUGAUCUGGACUGGUCAAAACUGUAUUCAUGCCAUUGCUAUUUUUCCCGCUCAUUUGACUAAACCCAAUAUCCACACUGCUGACUCAGACAAAGGAUUACAAUCCCUUACUGAGCUAGAAAGAUGAAACCUAGAAUGGCAGAAUCUUCCCUAACUAAACUCAAGCACAGCUUUUUUUUAAUUAACAUGUUUGUUGUGCUCCCAAACAAUUAAAAGUUGCUUUCUUGCAAAGGAUUAGAAUUACUCAACAAGACUGUUUACACUCCCACAGAUGUAUGUAUAAAAUGAAGCUACAGCCAGGAGAUGGUUAGCUUGUUAGGCUUGCUUGGUAGGAGUCUCAAGACUGCAUUAUAAGUACCUGACAGUGGAGAUCGCCUCAUUGACUCCUCUCUCAAACUAUGUCUUCUCUGUGCUUAAUGUCUUCAAAGGAGUGUCUCUUAUCUGACAGAGGAAUGUGAACUGCUGAGUCUUGUCCAGUUGUUUAUUCUUCCCUAUGUAUAGAUGUGUGCACUCUUCGCUGCAUCACAGUUAGUUAGCUUCAGAGGAGCUGAUUGGCAGGUUUUCUUACCUUUGGAUGGAGCCAAACUAGCGGUUUUCUCCCCACUUCAAGUCUCCAUGCUAGGCUAAGCUAAUCUGCUGCUGGCUCCAGCUUCAUAUUGAUUUCACACACGUCAGUCUUCCCUUUUAACUCUCAGCAAGAAAGCAAAGAAGCAUACAUUAUUUCCCCAGAUCUCAAAGAAUUCACUCAAAUUUGAUCAUAAUGGAAUAAUAACUGGAUAAUUAGACGCUACAGGCUUCAGAGGCCGGUAAAGAACUCACCAUUGAUCAUAUUGUGCUUUUCCUCACCAACACUUUCAUUUAACAGACCGUAUCUCCAAAUGUGCAUAAUUUUGGAUAUUGCAGGUCUCAGGAUUAUUGUUACACAAUUUAAAUAGUCCAGAUCUUGAUCCUUCGAGCUGGAAAUGUGAACAUGAGAUGGACCCUUCACUGACUCCUAGCAGAGCACCUGCUAGCCAGAGCGCUACAAUGCUGUGGAAGUCUGUUGUUUUCUGUAUAAUUUCCCAAAUUUAUUUCAAUGCACUGUACUUUUUAGCCUUGUACCAGCUGUGCCUUCCAUAAUGUAAGAUUAAUGUAAAUGUGUUAAGCUUUAACAGACAUGCCAGGUCAAAACUGCACAAUGGCUCCUGGUUAUUUUUAUAGUGAAUUAAUGGAAGUGUAUUCUCAGUGAUUUGCUUGUUUUCAGCAGUUUUUAAAAUGAAUUUCACUGUUUUUAGAAUAAAAUGAAUGAAUUUUCUGCAA